ACGAUGUUCUGAGAAAGAGUAUAGAUUUGUAUUCGUUGCUGCAACGUCGAAGUUUAUAAUUUACGGACUAAAAUUCUUCACGAAAUAUGGUUUUUAUUAAAAUUUAAAGUGAAAAAAAGUGACCUUAUAGAAGGUCAUACUGUGACGUUAUAGAAAAUGAUAAUACUCACAAAUAAAUGAUUCAUUUAGUUCAUAAUGAUGUGCAAAAUGAUUGAUAAAGAAGUGACACUUAAUCGUGCAAUUUAAGAUGACUUUUUAAAAAAUGUGAAUUUAUUACUAAGCCGAUUUAUUACAUUUUUCCUAAAAGUGCAAAAUUUCCGAACAUCUAUCAUUUUAUAAAAAAAAUUUUAGGUCGGACAAAUUCUGGAAUUGUCGAGAAUUCAGAUGAAAAUAUGUAUUAUUUAUUCGGGAGAACUUUGUUUUCUAACAAAGUCCGACUAAUAAUUAUUAAAAAAAAAUCCCAUGAAAAAAUCAAAUAAAUACAGAGACUUUUAAAUAUAAAAAAGCAGUGUCGAAUAACGUUCUGGGCGGUAAUAAUGCCCCUCUGUGGCAGAAUGGAGGCGCUAUCGCUUAUCAACUUGCCGAUUGAGGUCCUUGACUUAAUAUUUCAAGAUUUACAACUGAGCGACAAACUGAGCUUAGCCCAAUCGCAUACGAAUCUACAAGGAGCGUUCAACUUAAACAUUAAAAACAAAUACGAGCACAUAGAUCCUCGAGUACUACCAGUCCAAUAUUGGUCGACUGUUCUCCCUUUGUGCGGCCAUAAAAUUUUAAAGGUGGACGAGCUGUUCGAACCCAAUGACCACGUUCCCAUUCGGCUGAUCGACAGACAUUGUCUCAAUCUGGAAUCUAUUCAACUAAAUGUGAAAAAUCGAAACAUUAAGGACAUAAUAAGCUUAUUAAGAAACAGGAAAACUCUGAGAUCGGUCCAUUUAUAUUUCUACGGAGACUGUAAGUCAACGGAACAAAUUAUGUACGCCUUAAAAGGACUUCCCCAACUGAAUAAUUUGCUUUUAUACGGGAUAGAGGAAAAUCAAGUUCCCCAUGUACAAGACCUGGAGAGUUUAGAAUUUUUAAGUCUUUCGAUGAACCGAAAAUGUGGAUCAAGCAAUAUUUUUGAAAUAUGCUCGCGCCUUAAAUUCUUGCAAACCCUGUACAUUUCCAACUUCAAUAUCCCAUUAAAAAAGACUGCUCCACAAGACUUAGAUUUCCCCAACUUGGAGACACUGGACAUCUGCUACUGCAACAUAUCAACGGAGCUUCCUCAUUUUUCAAAACUAAAAAGUAUGAAAUUUUGGAGAAAUUCCUAUUUUGCUCGAAAACAAAGCCUAUACCAUUGGAUUUCAAGACACGCAAACUCGCUGGAGGCUCUGGAAAUGAGCUGCACAGCCGAAGCCGAGUUUAGAGAAAUCGACUUUUUAGAAGUUCUCAAAGAAUGCAAAAAAUUAUCCAAGUUUCGAUUGCACAACCGCAUUACGAACCUGUUCCUGGCACCUCUAAUACAUGUCCUUUUAAAAAAUGGAAGGAGCAUGGAAAAUCGAUUCUAUCUGGAUUGUAAAAACUAUGAGGAGCUGAAUGUGGCGCGCUGGUCAAUACCAAAUUCUGACGUUGUCCACUUAAGAAACGUAAAUUGGGGGACCCCCGAGUCAAAAAAAACGGAUCGGCCCAGUCGUCUUGAUUUAAGUAGAAUUACGAGCCAGUGCUGUAAUUAUUUUUGUAUUUUAUCAAAGCUAUGUACCUAAAUAUGAUCUCAGCAGGGAGCAAUCAAAACGUCGCAGUAUUAUAGAAAGAAAAUAUUAGAAAAAUACAAAAUUCCCCCAAAUUAUACGCUUAUCAGCAUUGAAAAAAAUGAAAACUUGAAAUGAAAUAAAAAUAUUUAAAAAAAUUA